AUGGACGGCCAUGCGAAAACAGGCUCCGCGGCUUAUUGUUGUGUGCCGCUUUGUAAUGAAGACAGUCGUCGGGGUACAGCAACAUCAUUCCACUCUUUUCCAAAGGAUCCGUCUGUACGGAAAGAGUGGAUUAUUAAAGUACGGCGAGACGAAGGCCCCGACUUCCAUAUUAAGAUAUUCUACAACUUGAUUGAUAUUUUUCAGAUAUCAAAGUCCACAUUUGUGUGUUCCAAGCAUUUUAAGGAUGAUGAUAUUGUAAGAACAUUGACAGGACUAAGAAAAUUGAAGAAAGGCACAGUACCAAGUAUAUUUCCAUGGACUAAGAGUGCACCAAGCCGUAAACCACCCAAGAAGAGGGAAGGACCUCCUCAAGAAGAAACAUCAAUUAUUAAGAAGCAGAAAACAUCAUCCUCAAUCUCGUUAGACACAGACCAACAUUCAUCAUCAACUGCAACAUGUGCCAUUGACACUUCAACAGAUAUGCCAUCUGAAGAGCAUGACUAUUGUCGCCAAGCACCAUCUCUUGAAGAAGAUCUUGAGGCCAUGAAGAUACACAUUUCUAAACUAGAAGAAAGGGUACAGCACCUUGAGAAGAAAGUAGAGAAGUUCGGAAUUGAAAGAUUUUCCAAAGAUCCAAAUUUGAUAAAUUUUUACACUGGUUUUUCUACUUAUGAUAUUUUUUGUGCUGUAUAUAAUGUUGUUGAGCCAACAGCCUCAAAUAUGAUCAGGUGGUCACAAGUUCAGAGAAAUAAGAACAUUGUUUGUAAUCCUUUUAGAGAAGAGUCUUUGUCAAUUGUAGAUCAAUUUUUUAUGUUUUUAUGUAGAAUUAGACAAGGUUUUUUUGAAGAAGAUUUAGCACAACGUUUUUGUGUGUCUCAAAGCACUGUUAGUCGUAUUAUUAUUACUUGGAGUAAUUACUUGUAUUGUAUUUUGGGAUGUUUACCCAUAUGGCCAGAUUUAGAUAUUGUUAAACAGAAUAUGCCAGAAUGUUUUAAGACUACUUAUCCCAAUACACGAGUUAUUUUGGAUUGUACAGAAAUACGUGUGCAGACUCCAAGUGCCAAAGUACUUAACUCUCAGUCAUAUUCAAAUUACAAGUCUCAUACUACCUUUAAAGGCUUGAUUGGUAUAACCCCUCAUGGUGCUGUAUGUUUUGUUAGCAGAUUAUUUACUGGCAAUAUUUCUGAUAAAGAUGUAACACAAAGAAGUGGUAUACUUGAUCUAUUAGAACAAGGUGAUGAUGUGAUGGUUGACAGAGAUUUUUUAAUCCAAGAUUUACUUGACAGUGUUGGUGCACACUUGAUUAUUCCACCUUUUUUAGGAAAUAAAGUUAAAUUUAGUAAGGAUGAAGUAACUAAAACUCAGCAAAUAGCAAGACUAAGAAUUCAUGUAGAAAGAGCUAUCAGAAGGUGUAAAGAGUACCAUAUUUUUGAUAAUGUUCUGCCAUUGUCUGUUGCUGGGACUGUAAACCAGAUUUGGUCUGUGUGUUGUUUAUUAACAAAUUUUAAAGAAAAGUUAUUUUGACAGUUAUAUUUUCAAUUGUUUGAUACUGUUUAUGUGUGUGGCAUGUAAAUGAACAUCAUCUGCAUAUUUGAUAUACCAGACAUGUACAAGUGAGAGGGUACACAUACCUGUAUAUAUUCAAAACAGAAAUAUGGCUUUAGUGCACAACACUUUUUUCCUUUGCAUGCUUUGGGAAAUUGAUUUUUCUUUGUAAAUUUUCAUUGAUAUGUUUUCAAGUGAUAUAGAUCUUUUUGGAAAAACAUUAAUACCAUGAGAUUUUAUCAAGGAUUGGGUAACUUUGAAAAUCUAAUACAGAUAUUUUAAAAUUUGAUUUAAGUACAAGAAUUUUUAAAUUAUACUGUAUAUGCAAUGCUAUCAUAAUUACUUUUGGUAAUCAACGCAAUUGCAAUUUUAUUAAGAUUUAUGUUGCAUGAUUAUUUUUUUUGUAUGAACAUAAAUGACAACUUUUUUGAAAAGGACAAGGCUUUGAACAAAUUUGGAUUUGAACAAACUUGAAUCUACACUAUAUAGGGAAGCUUUUGCCUCUUAUGGCUAUGAAAGUGGGGUUUUUUUCAGUAGAAAAAAAAAUAAUGAUGCCAAAUUUUCAUUCUUUCCCAAUCAUCUCCCCAUUACAUACAUGUAUAGAGAGAAUGGGGUACUUCAUUUAAAAUUUUAACAGAUGACAGACCCUCUUUAAUCAGAAAAAAGCUUAUUUAAACUUUUGGAUUAACAAAACAAAGAAACCAAACAAACAAAAAUAAUAGCAUGCAUGUACUCACAUGUACAAUUUUUUUCUUUUUAUGAUCCAUCAUAGAUGUUAUUUUCAGUAUCGAACACAUUUUGGUAAAAAGCAAUUGAAGUAAAAUAUGUCAAGUUUCUGUUUUAUUUCCUGCCACUUUCCUGGUAGAAAGUUAAUUCUUUCCAGAUGGUAGUCAUCUUUACACCAAAUGAACAAAUCGCACCACAAAGCACCGGUCAAACCCAUUUGACCCAUUAUCUGAUAAUAAUAUUCAUGGGAGGAUUUUAGUUUGUAGCUGUUAUUCACAAGAGUUAAAUAUUUUAAAUUUGUGAUGGAAUCUGAAUUUGGACAUUUAAUUUCUAAGAGUCCAUACAUAGGAACAGAGUUGGGGUCUAUGACUUUCCUGUCAGGAGAAGUUCCCAAAUAAAAACAUGAGGGAUUGAUGACUAAGCCUGCUUUAAACACAUUAUUUCCUGUUAUAGUGGCGUAUGCUUCUGCUGCCUCCUGUUCGUGUUCAAGUCCAAAUUUCAUUGCUGCUGUUUGAAUUUUGUUACUUUUUAAUAAUGCGUCAGCCAAAGUUUCGAAAUCUUUUUUCCGUGAACAAACUCUUUUAAAUUUAGAUGAAGUAAUUCUGUGUUUUCUUGCUGAAUUCCAGUAGGGAUUUUUAGACUGUUCAAUUGUAUUUUGUUCAAUGUCAUCAGAAUCAGUUUUUGACACGGCAAGUCCAUCAUAAAAAUUUUGUUCACCCAGAUUUAGAGCUGUAUUAAAAGUUUGAUCAAGAAUAGGUAAAUUAUAUCCAGGAAAAGUAGGAAACGCAGGAUUGUUUAUAAUUGUAUCGUUACUUUCGUCAAUUUUCUUUUGCUGAUAAGAAAGAAGGGAACCUUUGGGCACUGGUCCAACUUUUGAUUCAAUGGUCUCAAUGGAAUUAAUUUUGGAGGAAGGUGGCAGUAUGGUUUUAAAUUGAGCAUUUGUUGCCAUUAUAUUUUGAUUGAGAGAUUCCAAAAUGUUCUGAUAUGGUAUAGGUUGCUGUAUUGGACAAUAAAAUUUUGAUUUCACA